AUGCCAACCAAACGCAAGAGAUCCGGUUCCGACGUCGCCUCAACUCCCACCCUCAACCACAUCCCCGAAGUUGAGGAUCAUGGCGGUAUCCACGCUUCAUUCCGCGAUCUCAUGCCAAACUCGCCACAAACCAUUGCCUUUCUCCAUGGACCUCGCUUCUCUGACGCCAUGAACGAAGCCGCUACAGCAAUCAAUACCACUGGCUCAUUCAACGUCACCCCAGCCCAAGCCGUCGAAGAGCUUCGUCGGUUUCUCGCAUUGAAGGUAUUCAUCCAUGACGACAAAGCUGAGAAACUCAGUCCUACACCACUCAUGAUAUUCAUGUGGCAGGCCGCGAUCCUCGACACCCUAUUCCAUCUCGAUCUUCAAGCUACCCUCCCAUUUUUCAUUCACUACCGACCUUCUGAAUUCUCUGCUGCUGAAGCUGAAGCUCGCAGAGUUCGCUUGAUUACCAUGGAGUCGCUUUACCACAGAUUCUUUGGUGCAAAACCGCUUGGUGCCACUGAGCAACCUCGUGAGAACGCGCAAGGUGCUGGCCCAAACCCUGAGGAUAAUGGCAAUGCGCUUAAUCUCGAAGCCCCAGACGAGGAUGCAGAGAACGAUGAUCAUGCGGUUAUUCUUGAUGACUCGGACGACUACGAGGAGAAGACUGAUAAUUCAGACAACGAUUCAGAAAUUGAGUCCGUCAAGAAUUCCUCUGAAUUGUCUGAUGAGGGCUCUGAAGACGAACGGGCAUCUACACCUCUUGCUAUAACAAUUAGUGUCUGGUACAUCGCUAACCCGCAACACAACUUCGAUCUCAGAAUUGACUACUACGGGGAAUUUAAAAAACUCUUUAACACUAUUGUUGGACGUUUCUCUUUGCCUCGCAACCAAUUUCGUGUUUACUUCGGUCCUUUGCAUCUUAACCCAUUGCAUACCCCAGGCAACGUUAACAUGCGGGACGGCGAUACCGUUAAGGUUUAUCACGUGUAG